CCCCCUUGGCGCCCGGACCUCUCCUCGGCUCCCCGACGCUCCCCGCAGCCUCGCUUGCGGCCGGCGCCCCCCGCCAGCUGGGCUUUCCCGUCCCGGGCGCUCCUCCUCCAGCCCCCGGCCCGCAGGUAUGGCGCUGACGGUGGAUGUGGUGGGGCCAGCGCCCUGGGGCUUCCGCAUCUCCGGGGGCAGGGAUUUCCACACGCCGAUCAUGGUGACCAAGGUAACCGAGAGGGGCAAGGCUGAGGCUGCUGAUCUCCGGCCUGGUGACAUUAUUGUAGCCAUCAAUGGGGAGAGUGCAGAGGGCAUGCUUCAUGCUGAGGCCCAGAGCAAGAUCCGCCAGAGCCCCUCACCCCUGAGGCUGCAGCUGGACCGGUCCCGGGCUGCCUCUCCUGGGCAGACCAAUGGGGAAAGCUCCACGGAGGUGCUGGCCACUCGCUUCCAGGGCCCCAGGAGGACGCGCAUAGACAGCCAGUCCUCCCUGCGGUCACCCUGCUCCAGCCCGGCCUCCCUCAGCCCCCGGCCAGGCAGCCCCUUCUCUACCCUGCCCACCAGCAGCCCACACGCCCUCGCUGGAGAGGCUGUGACCAGCCACAGUUUCCAGAGCCUGACCUACUCCCCGGGACUCGCUGCUGAGGACCACUUGUCCUAUGGAGGUCGCCCCGGAAGCCGACAGGCCGGCCUCGGCCCCGCUGGCGACUCGGCUGUGCUGGUGCUGCCGCCACCGCCACCGCCUUCUCCAGGUCCCCGUUGUUCCAGCCCCAGGCUCAGUGUGGCCUCUGAAGGGGAAAGCCAUCUCCUGAGAGAGGACUCAGAAGUCUUCAAGAUGCUGCAGGAAAAUCGUGAGGCGCGGCUGCCCCCCCGGCAGUCCAGCUCCUUUCGGCUCCUGCAGGAGGCCCUGGAGGCUGAAGAGAGAGGUGGCACGCCUGCCUUCCUGCCCAGCUCGCUGAGUCCCCAGUCCGCCCUGCCCACCUCCAGGGCCCUGGCCACCCCACCCAAGCUCCACACGUGUGAGAAGUGCAGUGCCAGCAUCGCGAACCAGGCUGUGCGCAUCCAGGAGGGGCGGUACCGCCAUCCCGGCUGCUACACCUGCGCCGACUGUGGGCUGAACCUGAAGAUGCGCGGGCACUUUUGGGUGGGGGACGAGCUGUACUGUGAGAAGCAUGCCCGGCAGCGCUACUCCACACCCCCGACCCUCAGCUCCCAGGCCUGAGUGCCCGCACUCCACUCUGCGGGCACCUCCACGCCAGGGCCGUGCAGUUGGCAUGGGAAGGCGAUGGGGGUUGGUGGGUUCCCUUCCUCCUUGCUGGGACAAGGACCUGCCUGUGCUGUGCCUCUGCUUGGAUACUCUCACUUCCUUCCCCCUGCUGGACAGGCUCUGCACCAAAGUCUGAAGUGGGCACUGCAUUCGGCAUCUCUGUGCCAUAGGGGUUGAGCAGGUUGUUUCGUAGAGAUAAAUAUCUAGGAGAGGGGUGGGCCAGAUGCUCCAGGUAUUCACUGUGUAAAGUUUUCAACAUAGGAGCACUAUAAAUAUAUACUAAGCAUGGACAAAAUAAAGUAGGUGCCCCUCUUUUCUCUCCUCCCCUGACCCAGCCCCUGGGGAUGAGCCUCUUCCCUACCACUGGGUAGAGUCUUUAUAUAGGUAAUUUUUCCCUCUUGAUUCCCCCUGCCUCAAACUCCCUGCCCUACCAGAUGCUUCACCAGGUGACAUCCCCUACCGAAGGGGCUUGCUCCUUUUAUUUUCACAUUUAUUAUUUUUUUCUAAUGGAGGCACUGGGGAUUGAACCCAGGACCUUGUGCAUGUUAAGCGCACACUCUACCACUGAGCUCUUCCCAGGCCUUUUUGUAAAGAUACCUGUUCUGUUGGGAUGAUCCCUGGUAGAAGGAGCCUGGAGAGGGACAGGGAUGCUACAGGGCCGGCAGUAAACAGGAGGCAGGCUCGGAGCCCCCUUCUGUCCAGGCCCGCCUCGGGGAGACAGUCAUGCUCUGCAGGCACCAGCUGGGCUGGCGCAGUGUGCCCCUCGCUCUAACAGGUGUGGAUGCUACCAGGACCCCCUGCUGCCUUACCCAGAGGAGCUGGGUGGGCAGGAGAGGAGGCCACAUCUGGACAACUUCCUGCACUCACCUGAGGCUGUCUGCACCCAUUUGAGAAAUAUCACCCCCAGAAAUAACCUUGGACAGGGUUGCAAGUUAGCCUUGCCUGGGAGGGACAACCCAGCAGUGCACCCUCCCUGAGGACCACCACCCAUCAUGGGCCUCGCCUCCAAGCUGGGGAUGGUCUGCCUGCCCCUUCCCUGGGAGUUCCAGCUGACUUCAUUGGUGGCAGUGGCCCCCUGCCAGAUUUUUGGCUUGAUUCACCCAUAAUCCCCCAGUCCUAAUCCCAGAGGCCAUGUCAGAAAGGGGAAUGGGUGCUGCUGGGGGCCCCAGACCCACCCUGUCCCCCAGUCAGCCUGAGGGAAAGAUCAAAGCUGGGCUUCAGUGGGUGACUUUGUGAUGUCUAUUUUUGGAAGGAAUCUUGGUGGAGACUGUGUGCUGCCUCCUCAGGCACCAGGACAUAAUUUACACCUUGAUGUAAUUGUUUCACCUUUUGCCUGAAUGGCUGCCUUUCUUUUCAUAGGAAAGAUCAAGGGUGUCUUGUUCAGGAGCUGUCAGGUCAGAAAGUCUGGUCCCAAGUGGGAUGGGCUCCUUGGCGCCACCUAGUGUCAGGCAUAGCCCUUGGCGGGGAGAAUGCUCACAAAAGGGGAUUGAUUCACCCCUACUUAAAUUCGUGGGUCCUGGCACAGUGGAAGUAGAGAGAGCACUUUUCUUUCUUCCUAAAGAUACUAGUCAACUGGCGGUGACUGAGCUGGCAUGAGUGAAAUAAUGCUACAUGGUAGCGAGCACAAAGAGCUUGUGUGGAACACACAGGAGCGUCCUCAGAGUUCAGAGCAGGGGCCGUGGGUGUGAGAGGAUGAACAAGACAUGGACAGAUGCAGGAGAGAAAUGCAGAGUGAGGGGGUGAGUGCAAGUGGGGUGCUCAGUUUAGGGCAGCAGCUGAAGGGGAAACUGAGAUAAGAUUGGAGAGGAAGAUGGGAGCCUUGAAUGCUGGAAGAUAUGGUUUGAACUUCACCUUGAAGUUCUGGGGACACUUUGAAAAUUUUCAGCAGGGAAGUGACAGGUUGAAAAAGGGUGGGUUGGAAUAUUGAUACGGUCAGAUCUCCACCUGUAAUAACCAUGCAGGCCGAGCAGUGCUCUAAGGAAUGGAGAACAAAUAGGGAGUGGAGACACAUGUGAAACAGGCAGGCCAGUGAGUUGUUGAAUGCCUUUCCAUGGCUGGAUGAGUUCAAGGUAAAAUCCACCUCUCUAACUCUGGCAGCCAGCUCUCCUCCCUGGGGCCCGAGGGUUUCAACAUCAGAGCUCUUUGCAGCCAGCCCCAGCUUGGGGGUGAACUUCUUCUGAAGCUGGAGUUAUUAGGCUGAGGAUGGAA